CAUUCCCGCCAAAAAUAUCUGCCAUUUUGUCUAGGUUUUGCAGCACGCGUUUUUGCAGGCCGAAAUACGCUAAUUAAUUCUUGCUAGGGAAGGGUUAUGUUGAUCUGUUAAAACUAUUAGCCAUGUCGAAGGCUUUUGUGGAUAAAGAGGUUUUCUUUCGUCGCAUCAAAAAACUUUAUCAGCACUGGAAGAAUGAUCCUAGCUGUGAAAAUAUUGAUGCUUUCAUGAGCAUUGUUGGUCAAGAUGAGGAAGUCAUUUAUAGUAAAUCAACAGCAUUGCAACAAUGGUUGUUUGGAUAUGAACUUACAGACACUCUAAUGGUAAUUACUGAGUCAAGUAUUUGUAUUCUGGCAAGCAAAAAGAAAAUUGAGUUUCUACAACCCUUGAGGGAAGCACAAAAGAAAGUUGAAAAUGUUCCUCCAAUUAAACUGCUUCUGAGGACAAAGGGAGCUGGUGAUGAGGAAAACUUCAAAAGUAUCAUUGAAACAUUGAAGUCAAGUAAAAAUGCUGAAAAAGUUGGUACAUUUAUCAAAGAUAAUUUUUCUGGAGACUUUGUGGAAAGGUGGAAUAAGGUUUUCAAAGCAUCCAAUCUUGAAAAGGUUGACGUGAGUGCCUCAUUUGCCUACAUGAUGGCCCCAAAGGAGGAUGUUGAACUAAAUUUUGUCAGAAAAGCUGCGCAUGUUUCCUCUGAACUUUUUACCCAAUAUUUCAAAAAACAAGUUGUUGGCAUCGUUGAUGCUGACAAGAAAGUAAAACACUCAAAACUUGCUGAUCAAAUAGAAACAGCUUUGGAAUCCAAAAAAUACCUCGCUGCGGGAAUGGAUGCAGAUCAGGUCGAACUUUGUUACACACCGAUCGUCCAGAGCGGCGGAAAAUUCAGUUUAAAAUUUAGUGCAGUGAGCUCUGACGAAAAAUUACACUUUGGUGUUAUAAUUUGUUCACUUGGAGUGAGGUACAAGUUCUACUGCUCUAAUAUCGUCCGAACAUUAAUGGUGGAGCCUACACAAGAGCAACAAGACCUUUACACCUAUUUGUUGUCAUUGAUGGACGUUGCUGUCGAUAAAAUUCGUGAUGGUGUGAAGAUGUCAGAAGUUUAUGAAGCUCUAUACAAUAAUGUUGCAUCAAAAAAGCCGCAUCUGAAAGAUAAUUUUGUCAAAAAUAUAGGUUUUGCAACUGGAAUUGAGUUUCGAGAAGGCUCUCUGCUGAUCGAUCAGAAGCAUCACCAGCUAAUAAAACAGGGAAUGACUUUCAACGUCAGUGUUGGGUUUGCUGGUUUGAAGAACGCGGAAGGAAAAGAAGACGCUGACAAAACGUACGCCUUGUUUAUUGGCGAAACAGUUUGCGCCAACGAGAAUGAGCCCGCGACUGUUUUGACAAGUGCCAAGAAACAGAUGAAGAAUAUAGGUAUCUUCUUAAAGGAUGAAGAUGAACUGGAAGACGCCUCCGAAGAGGAUGAUGUCAAUUUGGAAAGCACAGCCAUUCUCAACACAGAAAAAAAGCACAGGGAAUUGUGCGCUGAAGACAAACGGAAAAAUCACCAGAAAGAACUUGCCGUCCAGCUUAACGAAGAAGCGAAGAGACGUUUGCUUGAGAAGAAAGGAGAAGUAGAAACGAAAAGGACUGUUCGUUCAAAUGUUGCAUACAAAAACAAAGCACUGAUCCCUCAAGAAAAGGAUGUGCAAGACUUGAAAGUUUUUGUUGACAAAAAAUUCGAAGCAAUCAUUUUACCACUAGCAGGCAUGACUGUACCAUUCCAUAUAUCGACAGUGAAGAAUAUUAGUUCCAGCGUGGAGGGUGACUACACAUAUCUCAGGCUGAAUUUUUACUGCCCUGGAAGUUCGUAUGGAAGAUCAGAUGGAAAUCUAUUUCCCAACCCUGAUGCUACAUUUGUCAAAGAAGUGGUCUAUCGCAGCACGAAUGUGAAGGAGCCUGGUGCUUUGUCUGCUCCCUCCACAAAUCUAAACACAGCUUUUCGGUUGAUUAAAGAAGUGCAGAAAAGGUUUAAAACUAGAGAGGCUGAAGAAAAGGAAAACGAGGGUGUUGUGAAACAAGAAGAUCUUAUACUCGCUACUACUAAGGGCAUUCCACGACUCAAAGACUUGCAUAUUCGGCCUAGCAUUACCAACCGAAGAAUAUCCGGUGCAAUAGAAGCCCAUACAAACGGUUUCAGAUACCAAACAAUGAAUGGCAGCAGAGUUGAUAUCCUCUAUAAAAACAUCAAACACGCAUUUUUCCAGCCUUGCGAUGGAGAGAUGAUUAUUCUGUUGCACUAUCACCUCAAGCAUCCCAUUAUCAUUGGAAAGAAAAAAUACCGUGACAUUCAGUUUUUUACUGAGGUUGGGGAAAUUACAACUGAUUUAGGAAAACAUCAACACAUGCAUGAUCGAGAUGAUCUUGCUGCAGAACAGGCUGAAAGGGACUUGCGGCAAAAACUUAAAGCUGCCUUCAAAGGUUUCACAGACAAAGUUGAAGGCCUGACACAUGGCCAGGUUGAAUUCGAUGUCCCAUACCGCGAGCUUGGGUUCCAGGGUGCACCCUUUAGAAGUACAGUUUUACUGCAACCAACUACUCACUGUGUUGUCAAUCUAACUGAACAACCAACCUUCGUGAUAACACUGGAUGAAAUUGAACUUGUUCACUUUGAAAGAGUUCAGUUCAACAUGAAAAACUUCGACAUGGUCUACAUCUUCAAGGAUUACUCUCGAAAGCCCGUGAUGAUUAGCGCUGUCGCAAUGGCAAGCCUCGACUCUGUCAAAGAAUGGCUCAAUUCAUGCAAUAUCAAAUACACAGAAGGAAUUCAGAGUUUGAACUGGACUAAAAUUAUGAAAACGAUCAAUGACAACCCGGAAGAUUUCUUCGAAAAUGGUGGAUGGACUUUCUUGGAACCAAACAGCAGUGAUGAAGAAGAUGAUGGUGACGACGAGGAGGAAUCAGAUUACAAUCCCACUGAUGCCUCUGGCGUUGAAGAUGGAAGCGUAGAUUCAGAAGAAGACUAUACUUCAGAAGAAGAAGCAGAUGAGUCGGACUAUGAAGAAGAGCUUGGAACUGAUGAGGAAAGCGGCAAGAGCUGGAGUGAGCUAGAAGAAGAAGCCAGUAAAGCUGACAGAGAACGUGGAGACAUAUUGGAAGUAAGCGCCGAUAAGAGUGUGAAGCGAAAGCGGGGCUCGGAAGAUCACAGCAAAUCGAGCAAAAGGAGCAGGCGUUAAAUUAAGGCGUAAAUUAAGGCGUAAACAGGCCCUAUGUGUAGAUGCUGAACUAUACAGUUUUGAUGGCUUGCAAAGAAAAGCCAACGAACAUUUAAUGGCAUGACUUUAUUGAACUGCAGUUUGUAUAUUGUUAGGCAGCGUAAUUAGUGACUUUGGCUGACAAAAAAUUGAUUCAGCUAUUUGCUACAAAACAUACUAGAUCUGUUGUCUAAUUUUACCUCUGUCAAGGUUUCAGGACACAAAUUCUACGUCCAGGAUUCCACGAAAAGUUAUUUCUAUGUUACCGCAAUGUUUUGCUGUAUUGUUAGGUUUUGUUGAAGUCUAAAUUUAAGCUUAAAUGAUAUAUGCAUAGUUUGCUAUGAGUAACGAGCAGAAUUCAAUUAUGUUUACUUUGUAUUACUAACGAAAUUUCCUUUGUUCAUUAUUUUAAAACCAAACAUUGUAACAAUGCGAGUGCUGAGGGAAGUCGUACACAUAGGAUUUCUGCAACCUAGCUGUACAUAGAUAAAGAGGGAAAAACUUUACAUUUAAGGGCUUAUCAAUAAUAAGAAUUAUUGAAAAUGUUUUACGGUGAUUUAUCAAAUAAGAAUUCCAUCACCGUUUUUUGGCUAUCUUAUUUUUUGCGAAAAAGCUUUAGCCUUGCAAAUAUUGAAUAUGUUUUCUGACCAUUUAUCCAAGAGAAGCCAAAUGAUAAUGGUUAAAAUUUAACAUGUCUUUUGAAAACUUUACAAGCGUUUUCUAGUGCUUUACAAUUUUUGUAAGACCCUGGGCUUGGUUUUUUUGCCAAAAAUAUAAGUCAUUCUUUGGAAUUUUCCUCCGCUCAAUAUGCACUAACUGGCAUCCAAAAUCCUGGGAAUGUGCUUACCAACAUUUAUAAACGAUUCAAAUCAUUUUGCAAUAGGCAGUAAUUUUUCUUCUUAAAUGGCAUUUAAGAACGGAAAAACUCUGUAGAACUUUUUCCUUCUAAAAAAGUCAGUUCAGAGCAUUUGGGAGCAGUGAAAUAAUUUUUAAAGCCAAUAGAAAUGAUUUGCAGUACUUUGAAACCAGCGAAAUAAUUCAGAAUUUUUUAUAAUUUUUGCAGGUCUAUAGGCCUGGGUUUCUGCCAAAAAUUCAUGAAUUUCUUUAGGACUUCAUUAUUUUUAAAGAAAGCAGUAAAAUGUACUUUAUACUUAUAGGAACGACUUCUAGUAGUCUAAACUAUUAAGAAAUUCUGAAUUUUUUAUCAUUUUGGGAAGUCUAUAGGCUUGUUUCCUUCCCAAAAAUUCAAGAUACUCCUUUGGACUUCUUAAUUCUAGAGAAAGAAGAAAAAAAUCCAUUUGAUAGCAGCGAAAUAAUUUUGAAAGCCAAUAUAUACGACUUGCAGUACUAACAAAUAAAAAAAAUUCAAUUUUUUUUAAUCAUUUUUCAAGUCUAUAGCCUUGGGUUUUGUACCGAAAAUAUUAGUAUUAAUAUUAUAAAGACUUGUGCCGAAAAUAUUAAGACUUUUUAAGCAGAAAAAAUUUUUUGAUAGCAGCAAAAUAAUUUAUAUUUAAACGAACAAAAAAUUCAGUAUUUUUUAUCAUUUUGGCUAGUCUAUAGGCUUGGAUUUUGUGUUAAAUAUUCAAGAUUAAAACUCCUUUCUUUUCAAAGUAGCAGUAAAAUGCAUUUGAUGGCAGCGAAAGAAUUUUUAGAACCAAUAGAAAUGAUUUGCAGAACCUUAAAACCAGCAAAAAUUCAAUAUUUUUUAUCAUUUUGGCUAGUCUAUAGCCUUGGAUUUGUGCCAAAAAUUCAAGAUUUUCCCCAGGACUUCUUUUUUCUCAAAGUAGCAGUAAAAUAUAUUUGAUAGCAUUGAAAGAAUUUUUAGAACCAAUUGAAAUGAUUUGCAGAACCUUAAAACCAGCAAAAAUUCAGUAUUUUUUAUCAUUUUGGCUAGUCUAUAGCCUUGGAUUUGUGCCAAAAAUUCAAGAUUUUCCCCAGGACUUCUUUUUUCUCAAAGUAGCAGUAAAAUAUAUUUGAUAGCAGUGAAAGUAUUUUUAGAACCAAUUGAAAUGAUAUGUAGUAUCUUAAAACCAGCAAAAAUUCAGUAUUUUUUAUCAUUUUGGCUAGUCUAUAGCCUUGGAUUUGUGCCAAAAAUUCAAGAUUUUCCCCAGGACUUCUUUUUUCUCAAAGUAGCAGUAAAAUAUAUUUGAUAGCAGUGAAAGUAUUUUUAGAACCAAUUGAAAUGAUAUGUAGUAUCUUAAAACCAGCAAAAAAUCAGUAUUUUUUAUCAUUUUGGCUAGUCUAUAGGCUUGGAUUUUGUGCCAAAAAUUCAAGAUUUUCCUCAGGACUUCUUUUUUCUCAAAGUAGCAGUAAAAUAUAUUUGAUAGCAGUGAAAGAAUUUUUAGAACCAAUUGAAAUGAUAUGUAGUAUCUUAAAACCAGCAAAAAAUCAGUAUUUUUUAUCAUUUUGGCUAGUCUAUAGGCUUGGAUUUUGUGCCAAAAAUUCAAGAUUUUCCCCAGGACUUCUUUUUUCUCAAAGUAGCAGUAAAAUAUAUUUGAUAGCAGUGAAAGUAUUUUUAGAACCAAUUGAAAUGAUAUGUAGUAUCUUAAAACCAGCGAAAAGUAAUUUACGAUACUAUUGGCUGUACCUUAUCCUAACAAAAAAUUAAGAAUUUUUUUUAUCAUUUUUGCAAGCCCAUAGGCUCGAUUUUGUGCCAAAAUUUUAAGAUUUCCCUCAGAACUUUUUUUUUCUCAAAGUAGCAGUUAAACGUAUUUGAUAACAACAAAAUAAUUUACGAUACUACUGGCAGUACUUUAAACUAGCAAGAAAUUCGGAAUUUUUUAUCAUUUUGAGAAGUCUAUAGGCUUAGAUUUUUCACCAAAAAUUUAAGAUAUUCUUCAAGAGUUUAUUUUUCAAAAUAUGGCAGUAAAGUGGAUCAGAGAGCAGCGAAGUGUGUCGGAAUGUUUGAAAUCAAGAUUGAAAAUUCAACAGCCAUAUGACAGUAAAACACAUUUGAGGGCAAUUAUUUGAAAUUAUUUAAAUGAUUUGCAAAACUAUCAGAAGGGCUGACAAAUUUACUAUCAAAUCUAUAAUAGGCUGGAAUUUAUUUGCCAAAAGUAAAAAUAUUCCUUAGGACUUUUUUCUUCGAAAUAGCGUUAUAGAACUUGUGAAGGUAUUGGUACUUAUUUUUAUAUUAUUGAGGGCUGUAGGCUGGUUUUGCGAAACCUGUAGAAUUUUCAGGUAUAAAAUUUUAGCAUUGAAGAAAAGGGCAUUGCAACAAUUUGAAACGAUUGAAAAUCUUUCUUCAAUACAAUUUUUUACUUCAAUUUCAUUUUUUGAAAUUUCUUUUUCGAAAAUUCUAUAAUUGUAAUCUAGAGAGAACAUAGAUCUUUCCUAAAACAUUAAAAGUUCUCUAGCUCAAUUUCUAAUGCAAAAGUUGCAGGUAAAAAAAUCUGAAUUCUGCUGAACGAUUCAAUUAACUUUUCAGUGAAGAUGUAAUGAGUAAAAAGUUUUCACAGUAAGAUAAGUUAAAGUUCAGAAUCACUCCACAAUAACAACAAAGCUCUUCAUAGCAGACGAAAAGCAAAGUAAUAAUUUCUGCCUUAAAAAAUAAUAAAUUGAAUGCCAAAGUAAAUGCCGUAAAAGCUCUACUAAGCCCCCUUGGGCUGAUUUAUCUUUUCAAUGGGGGCUUAAAAAAUGGGGGGCUUAUUGGAGAGAGGGCUUCUUAAAAAUUUAAUUUAAAAAUGUUAUAAAAAUGCCCACACAAUGUCAUACAAAUAUUCUCAAAAACUUUGCUAGCAGCUUCGAAAGUUUUUUAAAAUUAAUCAGUUAUUCUGCUUUCUUUAAAGAAUAAUAAAGUCCUAAGGAAAUUAUGUCCUCAUCUUCCUCAGAGUUAACAGGAUCAAUUGAUAUCUCGGGACAUCUUCGAAACAAAUUUCGAAUGCUUUUAAACGCCCUCAAGUAAAUAUGUACAUGGACCGUAUUUAAUGCACACAAUCUUAUUGUCAUCACACCCAUCAAUAGACCCAAUUAAUGCACUUGUUUUCUUCGUUUGACACCAGGGGCAUAAAUCUUUUCUUGAUAAGGGGAGCUUAAAAAAGAGUGGUAAAUUUAGUAGGCAGGUUUUUUGCUAUAGGGACAUGCGGGGUGUGUAACCCUCUUGAAAAAAUUCUUUGUGAAAACUUUGCCAUUUAAGGGUGCUUUGUCGGCCAAUUUCCAAACUUGUCAGCAAAUAAAGGAUGACUCGCCCACUCUGUCGGCAAAUGUGACUUGGAAACCCCCUUUAGCACAAACAACAGUAUCGAUGUUGGCUACAAUAGUAUGACAGGGGACAGUAUGGUAAUUUUUAUGCAUGAUGAGGAUGCUAAAUGUUUGUGAGCAAGACCUUCCAUUUUCAAAUAGUGAAAAACUUUGGUGUGAUUUUUAUAGUACAAAAUUUUUCAGUGGGCAAAAGUCCGUGAAAUAAAAUUUUUUGAACGGUUAAAAAUUAUGGAGGCUCCUUCUGUCUGAUAAUUUUAGCGUCCCAAAUUCACUGGAUCCAAUAAUCCUGCGUUCCGCGGAUUGCCCAACAUUCCGGAUUUGUGUCGAGAAUCUGUGUUGACUGACUUUGACAUGACUGAUGACGCGUGCUCCUCAAAAACACGACAAGAUCGCUGCUUCAGUCUAGUGCGCCUUUUGCCUUGCUGCAUUUAGUAAAGGACAGGUAAAAGGAGAAGGUUACAAAACCAUCGUGAAGAGCAAUGGAGAAACUGGCCUUUGUAUUUCUUCUAAGUUGUGCGUUAACCCAUACAGAUUGCAGACAAGGUUGGAAGACUUCUGGAAAUGGGUAUUUUGUAUACAAAGCAUCAACUGAUUUCAAUACGACGAGCAAGAUAUCAAUAACUGGUAAGUUUUCAACCAAGGCAGGGAGCAUGCAGAAAAAUGUACUUGUUGCAGUCGAGGAUGCAAAUGGAGAUUUGAAGUUACAAGUUUCUGCCAACAAAGGUUCAAUAACUAACGAACUCCGAAGAGGCCAAAGCUUUGCAGUUGUUUCAACGAAAGUUCCUGGUUCGGAUUUUGGAUAUGCGUUUGAUUUUACAACAACCCUAAGCCAAUCACUUUCCAGCAGUGGAGACUGGGAACAAAAUCUUCAAAGCAAUCCUGGCUAUGGUAUUACUGUAAAAGGCAGUGAAAAAUGGGACCUUUCCCAAGUUACCAUUUAUAUCGCUGGCUAUAGAAAUGAAUCAGUGAUAUCGGGUAAUUUUUUCGAGGGCUGCCUUUCUAACAUCGUAUUUCAGGGAACAGACGUUCUUGCAACAUAUUUCCAACAGUAUCCAAACAACACCAAUCCGGUUAGAGGGAGCCUCACUGUCAAUAAAUUCAGCAAUGUUGCGGAAACAUGCGAUGAUGUCAAAAGCACAGUCCAGCCCACAACAACGUCGAAGGUUGCCCCAACAACUAAAGGCAACAGUGGAAAUUGUAGGGAACCUUUGAUGGUUUUCACCCUGGUUUUUGCAUGCUUUGCUUUCUUGCUGCACUAAUUGCUUGACACACGCCUUUUCCUAUGAUGAGAAAAUGCUGACCUAACACUCUGCUUUUGGGUAAAUCUUAUUGUGCUUAUUUCUUACUCCACUGUUGCAUUAUUUUUAAUUUGUGGUUGACAAUUUCACUCGCUUGAUUCUUUGUAACAGUAAAUGCAGAUUUGUGUAACUUGGAUGCAUUUCAUAAAGAAACACUCUACUAUUAA